AUGUCAGCAGGGCUUGCAAAUAAAAAGACUAUUGGAAUCUCUAAGCUUCCAAAAGGAGAGUUUCCUUCUAAUAUCCAUAUCCUGAAAGGUGCUUCAACAGACGAGGCGACGAUGAGCAGAGGGAUCGGUGCGAAAGUAGGAGCCAGGAAGUCAGGAAAGUUAUUUAGUGACUUGACAAUUCAGACCCUUCCUAAAUUUAAAGAUGUCCAAGCUUCGCACAGACAUGAACUUUUCAAAGCAAAGCUAAAGGCAUGCUGUGUUAUCUGUAAUUUUAAGGAUGAGAAAGCAGAUGUUGACCUUAAAGAACAGAAAAAGAAUACUCUUUUGGAACUCGUUGAUUACCUUAAUGCUGAUAAUACGGUAUUCAACACUGGUGUCUUCAAAUCACUAAUGGUCACAGUGAAUGCUAAUUUGUUCAGAACCCUAGGAUGUGGUUCUCCACAGCAAAAAUCACCAACUCUUGACCCAGAUGAGGAUGAGCCAAAUCUGGAAGAAGCUUGGCCUCACUACCAAGUUGUAUAUGAACUACUUUUGAGGUUUAUCAUGAAUCAUGAAAUGGAUCCAGCUGAUAUUAGAGGACACUUGGAUGAAACCUUUAUUCUAAAAAUGUUGGAACUAUUUAACUCUGAAGAUCCAAGAGAAAGGGAUUAUCUCAAAACUAUCCUACACAGAAUAUAUGGCAGAUUCAUGCCAAUGAGAGACUUUAUCAGAAAAAGUAUCAUGAACUUCUUCCUCAAGAUAGCUUUUGAAUACGAAGAGAACAAUGGAAUCUCUGAAUUAUUGGAGAUCCUAUGCGCUAUAAUCAAUGGAUUCAAGAGUCCAUUAAAGGAUAGUCACAUUUUCUUCCUUGAGAAGGCUCUUCUGCCACUGCAUAAGGUCUCAAACCUUUCAGUUUUCCACACUCAGUUGCAAAACUGAAUACUUCAAUUUCUAGAAAAAGACAUAUGCUUGUCCAAUAAGAUCAUCGCUUAUUUAUUAAAAAUCUGGCCAAUAACCAAUGCCUCAAAGGAAGUGUUAUUUCUUCAAGAGUUAGAGGAAAUCUUUGAGAUGGCAAGCAGUCACGAUCUAUCUAACAUCCAUGUUAGCCUUUUCAAGAGAUUCUCUAAUUGCGUAAUCAGCAAUCACUUCCAGGUAGCUGAAAGGAUCCUGUUUCUGAUCAAUAAUGAACAAGUUCAAAAGAUGGUGUCUGAUAACAAAGAAGUUGUACUCGAAAUUAUUAUGAAAGGGUUAACAAAAUCCUCAAAAUCACAUUGGAACUCUACUGUUCAAUCCAUGGCUGCUAAUGCAUUGAAGUCAUUGACUGAGAUAGACAAGCCCUUAUACGACUCCUUGUCUGCUAAGAUCGCCUCACAAGAGGAAGAAUCUUCAAAGAGAGAGCAUGAGGUCAGCUCCCAGUGGGAUCUUCUAGCUCAUGAGUUUUCAUAA